AUGCAUAUCUUUGUCAAGAACCCCACCGGCAGAACAAUCCGCUUCAAGGUCCACCCAUCAGAUACCCUAUACACCGUCAAGGCAAAGAUCCAGCAGCAGUACCACCUCGUCUUUGAUGGGUUGCAGCUCGAAGAUAACCGCACAUUGGCCGAUUAUGGCAUCGAGCAUGACUCUACAAUUGACCUCCAGGAAAAGAUGCAAAUCUACGUGACGGAGACGCUCUCUGGAAGGACCAUCGCCCUCGAGGUCGACAGCCUAGACACUAUAGGCAACGUGAAGUCCAAGAUCUUGGACAUGGAGGGUUUUCCCAAGGGCCAGCAGUGCCUCAUCUUCGCCAACAAACAGCUGGAGGACGACAACCGCUCCUUGGCUGAUCACAACAUCUUGAAGGAGUCCACCCUCCUCCUUGUCCUCCGCCCGUGUAAGCCAGGAGAAAGUAGGAUGAUGCACAUCUUUGUCAGGACUCUUGAUGGGAGGACCCUGGACCUUGACAUCGGGAGCUCGGACACCAUCAACACUGUCAAGGUGAAGAUCUACGAGAAGGAUGGCACUCCCCCUAUACAGCAGCGCAUCAUAUUUGCUGGCAGGCAGUUGGAGGAUGGCCGCACCCUGGCAGACUACAAGAUUCAGAGCAAUUCUACCCUUGAUCUGGUGCUCCGCCAAUGUGGUUUGCACAUCUUUGUCAAGAAUCCCGCCGGCAGGAAAAUCUGUCUCAGAGGGGUCCACUUGUCAGACACCCUUUACACAAUCAAAGCAAAGAUCCAGGAGCAGUACCGCCUUGUCUUCGACGGGGUGCAGCUGGAAGACAACCGUACAUUGGCGGAUUACGACAUCAAGCAUGAUUUCACGCUUGACCUCCAAGAAAAGAUGCAAAUCUUCGUGACGGAGACGCUAGAAGGCAGGACCAUCACUCUGGAAGUCGACAGCCUGGACACCAUUGACAAGGUGAAGGCCAAGAUCGAAAACACUGAGGGCUUUCCCAAGGUCCAGCAGUGCCUCAUCUUUGCCAACAAACAGCUGGAGGACGGCAAGCGCACCUUGGCUGACCACAACAUUUGUAAAGGGUCCACUCUUCUCCUCAUCCUCCUCCCAUGUAGCCCAGAUGGUCUGAUGCGAAUCUUUGUGAAGACGCCGGAAUGGAAGAGCCUCACCCUUGAGGUUGGGAGCUCGGACACCGUCGACAGUGUCAAGGUGAAGAUCUACGAGAAGAACGGUGUUCCCCCUAGACAGCAGCGCCUCAUCUUUGCUGGCAAGCAGCUUGAGGACCACCGCACCCUGGCGGACUACAACAUUAAGAGCAAUGAUACCUUUCAAUUGGUGUACCGCCUUUGUGGGGGAAUGCAUAUCUUUGUCAAGAACCCCACCGGCAGGACAAUCCGCAUCAAGGUCCACUCAUCUGACACCCUGUACACCGUCAAGGCAAAGAUCCAGCAGCAGUACCACCUCGUCUUUGAUGGGUUGCAGCUAGAAGACAACCGUACAUUGGCCGAUUAUGGCAUCGAGCAUGACUCUACGAUUGACCUCCAGGAAAAGAUGCAAAUCUUCGUGACGGAGACGCUGUCAGCCAGGACCAUCGCCCUCGAGGUCGACAGCCUAGACACUAUUGGCAACGUGAAGUCCAAGAUCUUGGACAUGGAGGGUUUUCCAAAGGGCCAGCAGUGCCUCAUCUUCGCCAACAAACAGCUGGAGGAUGACAACCGCACCUUGGCUGACCACAACAUCUGGAAGGAGUCCACCCUCCUCCUUGUCCUCCGCCCGUGUAAGCCAGGAGAAAGUAGGAUGAUGCACCUCUUUGUCAGGACCCUGGAUGGGAGGACUCUCGACCUUGACGUCAAGAGCUCGGACACCAUCAACAGUGUCAAGGUGAAGAUCUACGAGAAGGAUGGCACUCCCCCUAUACAGCAGCGCAUCAUCUUUGCUGGCAGGCAGCUGGAGGAUGGCCACACCCUGGCGGACUACAAGAUUCAGAGCGAGUCUACCGUUGAUCUGGUGCUCCGCCUUUGUGGAGGAAUGCAAAUAUUCGUGACAGAGACGCUAGAAGGCAGGACCAUCACUCUUGAGGUGGACAGCCUAGACACCAUUGACAAGGUGAAGGCCAAGAUUGAAAACACCGAGGGCUUCCCCAAGGUUCAGCAGUGCCUCAUCUUUGCCAACAAACAGCUGGAGGACGGCAAGCGCACCUUGGCUGACCACAACAUCUGUAAAGGGUCCACUCUUCUCCUCAUCCUCCUCCCGUGCAGUCCAGCUGUUAUAAUGCCAAUCUUCGUGGCGAUGAUUCCGCAAGGGAAGACCCUCACCCUUGAGGUUGGGAGCUCUGACACCGUCAACAGUGUCAUGGUGAAGAUCUACGAGAAGAGCGGCGUUCCCCCUAUAAAGCAGUGCCUCAUGUUUGAUAGCAAGCGGCUGCGGCCUGAACGCACCCUGGCGGACUACAACAUUGAGAGCGAGGAUACCCUUUAUUUGGUUCUCCACCAAUGUGGUUGCUGAGCUGCGUGGCCUGCCAUUCAACAACCAGUUUUAUUUUGCCGGAGCCU